AUGAAAAAUGCCUUGUCAGGCCAAUCUCUGGUGCUUACACAAUUCCGAAUAUUACUUUUAGAAUUUGUCCUUUUCGUGUCCCGAACUCGAAUUCGGAUAAACCUUGACCUUUCUCUUAUUAGAAUAACCCCUAGAGUUUCAAUUUUGAAUUUAUACCCUAAAAAGCGAAAAUCCGCAAAAAUUUUGCGGACAUUUUUUUGCGGACAAUUUUCUUGCGGACAAUUCUUUUUGCGGACAUUUUUUGCGGACAAUUUUUUUGAUGAAAAUGUUAGUCUGGGGACCAGUAGGCUAGGAAUAUUACCCUUUUUAAUCUCAAAAAAAUUUUUUUAUUACAGUCCCUCAUCUCCAACACCUUCCAUUUCUUGUGAAACGUGUACUCAACUUAGCCAAUUGGAAGUGGAAGCUUUUGCGGCCGUUGGGGAAGUUGCCACGUUUGUCAAAUCGAUUAGCGUUUCGGAAAUUUUGACACGUACUCCUGAAUUGUUGUUUCUCAAUUUGGUGACGUUGGAAAAUGAAUCUUAUUGCAUUGAGUUGACACAAAAAGGAUGGCGAAUUUGUUCGGAUCGACUUGACUGUAUGUAUGGAGAUUUUCGAAAGUUGGAAAUGCAUAUCAAUUAUUACGAAACAAUUUAUUCACUUCUCGAUUCACUUUCCAAACUUUAUCGUGACCAAUUUAGCAGUUCAUUGGCUUCAAAAUUGGGUAAAUUACAAGAAGAACGGACCUCAAAAAUGACUGAACGGACGACUUUGACUUCUGAAAGGGAGGAAGAAAAGACUGACAGGGAGGAGAAAAGUGAAGAUUAUGACGAGGAUGAGGUUUAUAUGGCACAUGUUAGAGGGGAGAAGUUAAAUGUUGAUGAAAAGCCUAAUAUUGAGGAUUAGCUUGAGAAGUGAAAUUUGAAAGAAAUUUUGAGGGGAGGUUUGAUAAUUUAAUUUUUUUGUUUUUGUGUCGUUAUUUUGGCUCUAGACUGGUUUAUGAGUCCCUUGAAUUUUUACAAGUCCACUAAAAAUGUUUGUGAGUCCAAUAAAUGUCCAUGCCCUUCCAUGUCCUUUUUGGAAGUCCAUGGAGGUCCACCACAGGGUCCAGAACUUCUACGAGUCCCUUGAAUAUUUAUGGGUCCAAUAAAAGUGGUUUUGAGUCGAAUCAAUGCCCUUUCUCUUCCAUGUCAUCUUUGAAAGUCUAAGGAAGUCCACUCCCAGUUCCAUAACCAAAAGAUUUUUCAGUUUGAGGAUCCAGUGGAGGUCCAUACCCCAAGUCAGUAACCUGAAAUUUUUUCAAAAGGGGAUCAUUUUUGAAAGCCAUCCAUGUCCUCUUUGGACGUCUAAUUGUAAGGAGUUCCACAAAAAGCUACAAAAAAAAUUUUCAGAUGGGGUGGGAAAAAAAGUAAAUUUUCAUUUG